AUGGGAGACAUGCUGUGUGUAAGUGCUGUCAGACCAGGAUGCAGCAGCUGCUGUUCAGAGAGAAGGAGCUCCCAACAAAUCCAAGGCCUUCAGCACAUGGAAGCAGUGACUACAGCAGAGCUGUUAGAUGUAACCAGAGCAUCCCUUUCUCUACCUCCUCUGCAGCCCCUGCAGCUCCACAGCCUCCAGAGCUGGAGGUACAGCACACAGGGACCUUGGAGUUACACUGAUUCUUUCCAGGAGCAGGAUGUUGUGGAGGGGUUCAAAUGGCAGAGACAAGGCAUCCCAUUUGGAGCUGCCACAUCCUAUAUACAUCUAGAGAAGCUGUGUGAAGGAUCCUGUGCAACUGUGUACAAGGGGAUCAGCAGGAUCAACAGCCAGGUGGUGGCACUGAAAGUGAUCAAGCUGGAGGCAGAGGAGGGAGUGCCCUUUACAGCCAUUCGGGAAGCUUCUCUUCUCAAGUGUUUGAAACAUGCCAACAUUGUACUGCUUCAUGACAUUAUCCAGACGAAGGAGACACUAACAUUUGUCUUUGAGUACAUGCACACAGAUCUAGCACAGUACAUGGGCCAGCAUCCUGGAGGACUCCAUUCAUGCAAUGUUAUGCUCUUCAUGUUCCAGCUUUUGCGUGGCCUGGCUUACAUCCACCAACAACACAUUCUUCACCGAGAUCUGAAACCCCAGAACUUGCUCAUCAGUUGCCUCGGUGAGCUCAAAUUAGCCGACUUUGGCCUUGCUCGUGCCCAGUCCAUCCCCAGACAGACAUACUCCUCUGAAGUUGUGACACUCUGGUACCGUCCUCCUGAUGUGUUGCUUGGAGCUACAGCUUAUUCUUCUGAUAUAGAUAUUUGGAGUGCAGGCUGUAUAUUUGUGGAAAUGAUCCAGGGUCAGCCAAUAUUUGCAGCAACUUCUGGUACUCAUGAACAACUGGAGAAGAUCUGGGCGGUAUUGGGGGUCCCAACUGAAGACACCUGGCCAGGAUUUUCCAAGCUCCCCAACUAUAACCCAGAACUGGUUGCUUCCAGGAGACCUCAGAGACUCCGAGUCAUCUGUGACAGGAUGAGCAGGGUGCCAGCAGCAGAGAAUUUGGCCUCCAGGAUGCUCACAGCCUUCCCUCGAGGCCGAAUCUCUGCACAAGAUGCACUUCUUCAUAGCUUCUUCAGCCCUCUGCCUCCUCAUCUCUACCAGGUUCCUGCUGGACAAUCAGUGCUCACAGUUCCAGGGGUGAGACUGCAACCUGAAAUCUGUGACCUGUUUGCUUCUUAUGGAAAAGGCCGUGUCUCAGGAGGUUUGAGCAAGUUUUGGUAG